AACCUCAGCAAAACCAAAUUUAGCACAAAAGAUAUUGUUGUGUGAUGUGUUUACGUAUUUAAUUAUUAUAAUAUGUGAUCUAAAUAGUAAACAACAUAAGAUUAAGUUAAGUCUUACCAACUGUGUACAAAGAACAUUUACGACGUUGCAUAUACAAAACAAAUCAAACAAACACUGGGACCGCACACUGUAGUAGACUAGCAAACAACUAAAUGUUUUAGGUUAUGUUAAAGGUUCCAUCAAAAUGUGAUUAACUUAUCUGCAGAAUAAUCAAACUUUAUUCAAUAUUUGAUUAUUUCAGCUCAAUAAUAAAAACAAACGACAAAGAUGAACCUGUUGCAGGAAGAUUCUCACUGCAGGACAAUUAUCCAUAUAGAUAUGGAUUGUUUCUAUGCACAGGUUGAGAUGAUAAAAAAUCCUCAAUUAGUUAAUGUACCAUUUGGAGUUUAUCAGAAGAACAUUGUUGUUACCAGUAAUUACAUUGCCAGAGAAUAUGGUAUAAAGAAGUGCAUGUUAAUUUCGGAUGCUCAGAAGUUGUGCUCAAACCUGGUGUUAGUCAAAGGUGAAGAUCUACAUGACUAUCGGCAAUUAUCAUACAAAGUUACCACUCAUCUACAAAGUUAUUCUCGCCUAGUGGAACGUUUAGGGUUAGACGAAAAUUUUGUGGAUGUUACACAAUUAGUAAGUGAAAAACUUAAUAGUGAAGAUACAGUUUUGGGUCAUAUUUUUGGAGAUAAUUUAGAAUAUUGUGAAUGUGGUUGUAAAAAGAGGUUAACAAUAGGAUCAAGAAUAGCUCAAGACAUUAGAGACUCUAUAAACAAAGAAUUUAAGUUGACUUGCUGUGCUGGUGUUGCUCAUAACAAGUUGAUGGCAAAACUUGUGGGUGCUACUCACAAACCAAACCAACAGACAAUUAUUUUUCCAAACAAUGCUAUGGACCUAGUAAGCAGUUUAAAUGAAUUAUCUAGUAUACCUGGCAUAGGAAAGUCCAUAUGCGAAUGUUUGGGCUCGAUCGGUAUUAAAUCUAUUGAAGACAUGCAGAAUAGCACACCAGACAAAUUGAAGACCUUAUUUCCACCUGAUAAAGCAAAAUACCUUUAUAAUUUAUCAUACGGGGUAGACGAGGCUCCUGUGAAAGCGACGGGUAAACCACAGGUUAUUGGAUUGGAGGAUGCAUGCAGGCCCAUGACGGUAGAGCGGGAAAUCAAGGAUAAAAUUGAGCAAUUGUUAAAGCGGCUAAUGAUACUGUUAAAUGAGGAUGGAAGAGUUCCGCGGACGAUAAAAUUGGUUGUAAGAAAAUUUGAUAAAUCUAGCAAAAUGAGUCACAGGGAAACAAAGCAGUGCAACGUCAAUCAAUCAAUAUUCUCAGGUGUAAAUGGGAAAAUGCUUCCAGAGGCAUCAGAAAAAAGAUUGGUAAAAGUAAUAAUGGAUCUGUUCAUAAGGAUAGUGGAUAUUAAAAAGCCGUAUCACAUAACGCUACUGGGUUUGUCGUUUACGAAGUUCCUGGAACGGGCGACAGGAAAGCAUUCCAUAGCCGCGUUCCUCAAGAAAGAUCUUGAAGUGCAGGCAAUCACAAGUAUAGAAAACAUGAAAGACUUGUCGCAAUCAACUGGCAUGGAUCUCUCAAAUUCAUCCACGGAUCUCAACACCGAUGGUUCGGAAUCGGAGCUGGAACCUUCGCCGAAGAAGAAGAAGUUAAGCACCUUCAUCGCUCGAAGAUAUCUAAAUACCGAUUGCCCCUCACCUUCGAAGCUGAACGUGGCAGAGCUACGUAUCAACUGCGAGAAAAUAUCUGAUGACAGUUUCCAUUGUCCUCCCAAUGCCGAUAUCGAAGUGUUUAGAGAAUUACCUAAAGACAUGCAGAGAGAGCUGUGGCAGAAUUACGUCAGAGAACGAGAUCGUGAAGAGAGGUUGCAAGUGAAAAAGCCCAGACUGAACACGUUGUUAAAUUAUUUUGUAAAAAACUAACCUUCCUAAUGUAUUAAAUAAAAAGAUAAUGUGAUUGUGGGAUAAUUGUUAAUUUAAAUUAAGUACUUUUAUGUUAGCUCUUAUGAUAACCAAAGACACUAUUGUUAUUUUUAUUUACUUUUUUUUUAUAUAAACU